CUAAGCAAUCGAGUUUUCAAAAUUGUUUUUUCAAAUUAUCUGCGUACUGCAGAUUCCAUUUGAUAUUUUGUUCUAAAUUUUGGUUUGCAACUUAUUAAAUUCACAUGGACGAAAUAAGCCUUACCGAUUUGAGACUCCGUUUCUUUGGACCUACGCUGGACGAAAGUGUAUUUUACGGAAUCGAUUGUUUGUUGGAGUUUUUUGAAACCAAAUACAAUCGUUUUUCGGAAGAGGAAUUUAGACUGGCUGCAGCCGAAAGGAUCGGGUCCAAAAAGUCCAUCAGCGAUUUAAAUUUGUACAAAUCUUGUCACGAUGUGAGUGCUGGUGGUUCCAAGAACGGAUGUUCUUCAGCAUCGCAAGGCACACUUGACAUACCGAAAACUAUCGAUGGUUCGGUAGCGUCAUCGGAAACAAGUUCUCCGAACGAUCCGCGAAAAACAUCUAUCAGUUUUACGGAGUCUCGCAGGAGAGAAAGUGAUCCGAGUUACGGAAAAAGUUCUCCGAAUGAAUCACGAAAAACAUCUAUCAGUUUUACGGAGUCUCCCAGGAGGGAAAGUGACCCGAGUUCAGAAAAAUAUUCUACGAAUGAUUCGAGAAAAGCGCCGCUCAGUAUUUCGGAAUCUCCCAAGACGGAAAGUGCACGCAGCUCGAUUCAAGAUUCCAAAAGAUCAUCCAACAUUUCUCAACCAGCAAGCGUUCCAGCCGAUCCGUGUUGCUUCUCCGGAGAGUAUCAGAUUCCCGAAGGUUCUAAGGAUAAAAUAGUCGAUUCGAAAAAUUCCUCUAGAAGAUCCUCUAAGGAGGAGAAAAUUUCUACAAAGAAGCGCACACAAACCUCAACUCCGAUACACAAGGAACCAUUCAAACCAUUCCGUUCGUACAAACCAUCAAACUCAACAGAUAGUGGCAGCAAGACUAAAUCCUUUUCCGGUAGUAAAAUUCUGGAUAAGUUGAAAAAAGACCUUGCCAACAGUACCAUCGCCAACAUAAAAACCAGCCAGUCCGUACCGGAAAACACUGUGCCUGAUUCACCACCACCUCCACCACCCAGGAAACGAAUAUCGUCCUCAUGUGCCAACAGCCAUUACCGCAGUCCACCGAAAGCACCCUCCCGGCGACCCAAGCAGAUCCGGAGCAGAUGGGCUCUAGCUCGAGUAAACGAAUUCGAUGAUGGAGCCAAAACCUACGACAUCAUCUUGGAUGACACUUUGGAACAAAAAUUGACGAAAAUGCCAACGGAUUUUCAUCCCGAGGUCGUUUUUGCCACACUUCCGGAUGGCUCUGCGGUGUCCUAUCGAUUUACGAAGGAAAAAAAAUGUCAAAAUACGAAUAGUAAACACUAGAGGAAUGAUUCCUGGGUUAAUUCGCGCGUUUCGAUUUUAGAAGACAGACUAAAACCAAACACGAAAUCCAAACUGUCAGCAAUGGGUAUGUCAACUGCGAUGACAAACAUCUGUUGAUAUCGAAGCCCCAGACGGGG